AUGGCGGUCUCGCACCUCAACGCCAGCAACUUCGUCAACCCGAACACGAACUACUUCGCCGCCCCGCAGACCUUCGACGCCAAGGGCGACACCACCGGCCACUCGCACAUCGUCAUUGAGCCGAUCCCCUCGCUCGACUCAACAAACCCGACGAACUCGUACAUCUACUUCAAGGGCCUCAACGCCGCCGCGGUUGACGGCGUGCUCGCGGCGGAGGUCGCGGGCGGGCUACCCAAGGGGAAGUACCGGCUCGCGUCGAUCAACACGGCGGCGAAACCACCAGCCGGCGCUGAUCGCGGUCGCGCAGCACGGUCGCUGGACGAUAUGGUCUACACAAAGUUCCUCGACACGCUCCGGGGCGACUUUACGGAAGUCCCGGACAGCGCGUACAAUCAACUCAUCCGACUUAACAAGUUGCUGCGCCCCAAAGCGGAGCGGAGCGCGGACAUCAAGCGCGGACAUGUGUUGGGGUCCUCCACAAAACUCGAGAUCAUGCCGCCCGGACGGCCCUCUUCGGGAAAAUCUUCAGCGGCCCAGGUCAAAGGACGCAACGCGGGGGAGCAGCUCGCGACGAGACUGAAACCCGCUUUGUUCAGCACGCACGGGGACGUCGACAGGGCGCUCUCAGACGCUUCAAAAAUCUUCCAGGAUCAAACCUCGGAUCUCUUGGCGACUCUGCAGUCUCUGGAGGACAAUGGUGCCCAAGGGGUCCUUGAAUUUCUCUUAUCAGCCUGCUCCACAAACGACUUCGAUCAACUGUCUGACGUACUCCUUCGUCCACCUUCCUUCGACGUGACGUUCACGGGCUCUAUCCCGUUCAAGAUGAUGGAGCGUCUCGCGGUAACGCCUCCUAACGAUACCCCCGCCGAUCCCUUCGAAACCUACCGGACGACCGCGCGGGUGACCAUGCUGGUGAUCAACACGAUCGCGCUCUUGCUCGCCAGCGGCACUCUUCCCGACGAAGAUGCGGCCACACCUCAAACGCGUCGGGCAGAGAAGGCCCAACAGAAGCAGAACCAGAAACGAAGGCGAUCCAUCCACACCGGCCGUGGGGCAGGCGUCGACAUACAGCACAUCCUCGCGUACGGGGCCGAGGUCCCCACAUCGAAGUUCCAAGCGAACGUGCUUCUGGCCAGCGUUAUAUCUGAGCAGAUGGAGACUUUGGAGGCUGAGCGUGCAGGUGGAGACCGACUCAAGAUCAUAACUCAGAAGAUAGACGAGCUCCGCGAAGGGCACUUCACCCCAGACAAUCACAAGAUGAUCACAAAAAAUGCCGAAAACAUUCCAAUAUACGAAGCCAAGAUGGACCGCAACUCUCGGUUGGUGGCAGAGGAACAAGUGAUAAAUGUCUACGGCGUAUACAACCAUGUGCAGAUCAACAGAAUGCCAUGGAAUCAACUGAGUAGACAGCUGUUUCUCAACAAUGGUGGUGUGUUGCCCGCGAUCGACGCACAAACAAACGAGGCGAUCACCUUGUGUAUCCAACGGUGUUCCAAGCUCCAGAAGUUCCACAACCAACUCGUCGAAACAGCUCCAAUUUCGGAAGAUUUGACCAAAGAACAGGCGGAGGAGCUACAAGAUCUCCUCACACAUGCAAAGUUCGUCGCAUAUUCGAGGGAAUAUCUUGCAUCGAUAUACGCCCAGCUUUCAUCCAAGGACGCCGCAUUCGUUUUCAACCUCGAGAAGACAACCGUCAUCGUCUUCAAGAUGCUGUCCAUGGAUCUUGCGUCGCAUGAGACGGACGAGAUACUAGUGAAGCACGUCAAGGAGUACUACAACAAGUUACUGCGUUCUAUAGAAGUGGGAAGGAUGUCGGAGGAGGAGGUGCAGAAGCUGGCGUCGCAACGCGAGCGAGAGAGGUCGGAAGGACUGUUCAACCUCGACGACGAAGUCGAAUGGGUCCAAAACGCCCCACAGCGUUUCAACGCUUUGCAGGACAAUCACUUCCCGCUCUUCCUGAGCUAUGCCAGUACGCUCUGGGAAUCCGUCCUGGUGACACGUCCACGGCGCGCGGCUGGAAGUGCCCUUCCUCAAUUUUUGGACUUCGAUAUGUUCCUGCACAUCUUCUGGAACCACUUCCCUGAACACCUUCAGCGGAACCUGAGUGCGGAGUUAGUGUUCUCUGAGAUAAUGGCGAUAAUCAAGGGGUCCGACGAAGCCAUUCGAAGCGAUCAAGGAUUCCUCAAGGAGCUGCAAGGUAUUUACGCCGUCUUCGAACUGUAUCGAAGCCGGCGGAAAACCAUGGCUGGUGUAUGGUACUUCGAUGCAGCUGAUAGAUGUCUGGACGCUGUGGGAGUCCCCGGUAGUCAUCUGCGAAACAUUUUCGUCGAUGAAUGUCAGGACAACCUCUUGAUCGAUUCACAUGUCUUGCGCCAUCUUGCGUUCCGAUUCAGCGAGCUCAAGGCGAUGAACUACCGAUUCGGAAAGCGCAUCUACGGCUCACUGAAGAACGUCGAGCUCGAUCCACCAAUGUUCCAUCUCACCGUGAACCAUCGUCGCACAUUGGGAUCGUUCGUUGCGCGCAGUCAAUUAGGACCAAGAGAAAGUACGGUUGACUUUGGUGCAAGCCAGUGUAUCUUGGUGCGGAAUGACGGCGUCAAGACUCGGCUACAGGCCGAGGUACCUGAUGCAAGGCAUCUUAUCACCAUUUACGAGAGCAAGGGACUGGAAUUCGACGACGUCAUUAUCUGGGAUUUCUUCAAUGACUCCAGGGUUGAUGAGUCGUCCUGGCGCAUCAUCCUGAACGAUGUUCCAGGAGCGCGAGCACCCGCUUCCGAUGUCGGCAGGCAUGCGGGAGUUUGCAGAGAACUCAAGCAUCUGUAUGUCGCAAUGACACGCGCCCGAAAAAAUCUUUGGAUCGUCGAUUGCUCGGAUCGCUCGAACCCUAUUCGCGAGCUCUUUCUAUAUGAGAACCUCGUCGACAUCCAUGAUCAGCACGUUCCUUUGUCCCCUACCACCCGCACUUCCACAAAGGAGGAAUGGGAAGACCAAGCUCGAACAUUCUUCCACCACAAGAUCUACGCAGAGGCCGCCAACGAUUUUGUCCGUGCAGGUUUGGAUCGCGAAGCGCGCGUCGCGCGGGCAUACCUCCGCCGCCAGGAAGCAUCCAGGUUACCGGCAUUCGAUAUUUCCAGCAGAAACGUUCGCGAGCACGCGUACUAUGAGGCUGCCGCGCUCUGUUUCGUUGAGGGAGGGGCCGCGCUAAGCGCGGCGCGAGAAUACGAAGCUGCGGAGGUGUACGACGACGCUGCGACGCUUUACCGCCAGACGGGGAAGUUCGAUGAUGCUGUUCGCCUCGUCAAGAUGGGCGUUGUAUCUGCAGAGGUCGGGGAGGAGAUCCUGAGCAUCUCCCGGCUACACUACAUCAAAACGAAGAGGACUGCGAAAGUCCUGGAGCUCUCGAAGACGACACAGCAGAGGCUGUGGAAUACAUGGACGACUGUGGGCUCCAAUGCUUCGGGUGCUGCCUUCUUGGUUGACUUGGGCCGCUACCACGACGCGGCCGAACGGGUUCUGCGAGACGGGGACAUUCUCGGCGCCAUUGACCUCUUCCUCACGAACGCCGAGAACGCCGCAUCGGUUUCUAGAGCAGUAGAGAUCGUGCUCGACGGCUUGUGGGAACGUCUCCCUUUGACUGCGCUCGACGACAACUUCCGAGAUCCCAUCGUACAAUCGCUACUCGAACACGCCGAGGUUCUGCUUCCUAAACUCCCAAGAAGAAGCCACCCUCGAGAUGCACUCAGAAUGUUCUCCGCCAUCUAUCUGUACGACUUUGCGGUACUUGAUGAGCUUUGCGACGUCUUUCUGGCGCAAGAGAACACCCCGGAGGCGCUUCUAUCACUCGACUACGUCUUCAUCGGAAAAUUCGGCGAGCUAGAAGCAGCACUGGAGCGCGCAAAAAAGGAUCCCAAGGACGCGGGCGAUCAAGAAUUUCUUCGGCGCGUCACUCAAGCUCUGGAGGACACCGGCCACGAAGCGAUUGAGAAGGCGUUCCACUCCUUCCUGCAGUAUGCGCGUAUUCUCCAGCGUCUAUCCUGCAACCCGAAUCCGUGUUCGGAUCCGAUCCUACAAACCCUUUUCGCUUUCAGACCUCAUUCCAAUGAAGACCACUUCCAGGUCAUGUCAAGGUCUCGUUUGUAUCUGGCAUGCUAUCGAGUCUGUCAGUAUCCUCAGCAGGGCUCAGUAUUCGUCCUCAGCCGCUUCGACUUGGAAAAGGCCCUCAAGGAGACUCUUCGAGAUCUUCUCCGGAGCCGAGUGGAAACUCAGAAAGAGGUGGCGCACACGAUGUAUUCCCUGAAGCCAUGUCUACAAUCCGCGGCAUUUGGAAACGGACAGUGUGGGCGCUAUGACUGUCCAAAUUACUGGCACGGUUCUGUCCCGAAGGCGUCUUCCGAAGCAACUACGACCUACAAUCGUGUCAUCCGCAUCUACGUCUAUGAGAUCAUGAUCUUCCACACCCUUUUCGCCACCGACAUGCCCUAUAACGUGCGCGAAAAACAGCAACGUGCUUGGAUUCGCAAACUGUACGAAGCGUUGUUCCCACCUCACGCGAACCUUGGAUCACUACACCUCGUCUCUGGCGCCCUUGGGAAAAACCUGCAGCGAGAGGCUCGUCGCGUUAUUGUCGUGUGGAUCAAAGACUUCCUCAACGUCCUCCAUCCAGUCCAUCCUAGCAAGACGUUUCUGGCAAACUUUAUGCGCGCAGCAAGGCUUGCAAUGCUCUUCGAUCGGGCAGGUGCCGCCCGGGACCUCCAUCUCGUCCCUAGUUCAGUGCGCUCGGGAAGCUGGAGACCACAGGAGCUCACCGAACCAAACGCACUUGAACGGGGGGUGAUCUACGUCCAGUACGUCCUCGACAAUCAGAACUUUGUUGACAUCGGUGUUCUAUGCGAAUACUUGGAUCACCUAUCCACGGAGCUGGUGGAACAAGCUGUGUUGUCGCCGAAAGCGUACGGGGAAUGCGUCAAGAAGCUGUUGAAACUUCUGUACUGCGGCGGUGAACCUGCAGGUCGCUUCAUGUCAGAAACUUUCUAUCUCUCAGACAACCGCUUCAACCCUAAAAUGCACCGUGCGCUUUACUUCCGUCGGGUAUGCAUCAACUUCCUACUUUGGGCAUACAACAGUGGCCCUUCAUACGAAGUCGAUGCCAACGCCACAAUGGCUCACUCAAAGCACUCCAGGCUGAUGGACCCGACUAUCUCGCCACUUAUCUACGCUUUGGAUUGGGCAGAGCGGAGGAACCUCGCUCUGCGGUCUCUUGACAACUGUCCCACCGACGAGAUGAUACGACUUCACCACAGUUCGACGCCUAUCCAAGCAAACAGCACCGGUGUCAAAUCUGGCUCUAUUCGCAAUGUGUAUUUCUCCCGGCACUCCGACAUCCUCCAUCUUUUGGGCAUCACCACGCCCCCAUGGGUUUCGAUCGACCCCCACCGGGAACAACGCGCGGUAGAAUUCACUGCCGCGCAGCACUGCGCGGCGUUCAUCAUCGACCGGGCGUACUCUAGCUACCUGCAACGGAAGAGUAUCGACGACAGCGUCCGCGCGAUGUUCAUCAGGUUCCGCCUCAGCGCUCACAAGGAAGCCUGCUGCGGACGGUGCGCGUACCGCCAUCUCUACCUGGGCCCCGUCCCGCAGCUGCUCGUCGCCGUGGACGGGCUCAAGGAUCUGCUCUAUCACCGGAAGUCCGCUGCCUCUGCAGAGCUCGACAGGUCCAACGACCACCGCGACCUUGAGCGGCUCAACAAGGAAAUGAACGAGGCGCGCACCGACUUCAAGGCGGCGAUGCAACUGCACAAGGCGCUCGCCCCGAACGGCGCCGUCCACCGCAACGGAGACCGCGCGGAGCUGCUUGAACUUGUCGAGACCGCGCGCUCUCUCUUGGAACGUGUCCGGAAGAUCCUGCCCCAGGCCGGCAUCGACCCUCGGUGGAGCGAGUACGUCGCGUUGGCGAUGCGUUGCCGCCGCAUGUGA